ACUUCAAGAAGAAACUUGAUGUUUUCAAAUAAUUUCAAUCAGAGUGAAUUUUUUACUUAUCAAUAUUACUUUGCUCACGUCAUUUAUAAUCAGCAAGCAAGUUUGGUAAAUACCCUGUGGGCUCAAUCUCCUCUGAACUUUUGCUACAUUGACUUUAAAUGAAUGUGCAAUAGUUGCACAAUUAAUAGCUGCUAAUAUUUUAGCUUAAAGAGUUUAAGCAAAAUAAUUUCACUCCAAUGAUCAUCAGUAUCUUAAACUUGUUAUUUUUUAAACGUCAAUGGUUACAAUCAGGAAAAUCACGUUUGUCCAUUAAUUUGUACACUGAACGAUUCUCUGGCGAUCAAUUGAGUGAGAUUGAGAAAUUAAAUAUUGUUAUAAAUUCUGAGGUAAAUUGAGAAGCCAUCAGCAGUCAAUCAGUAAACAUUGUCGAUAGCUUUCAAAGAUUAUCCACUAAUCUCCUUGAGUUUAUCAAUUACACAGCAAUCAAGUUUUCUAGUUCAGAUGUCUCCAAACGCCAAUAACAGAGAUGAAUCUGAACACUGCAGUGUCCAUGAACAGGAUCAAAGUGAUGUGAUAAACAGACUUCGAACAGCCAUAAUUGAAGAUUCUCUUCUCAAUCAGUACAAAUUUGAUGAUAAAUUUUUGCUCAAAUUUUUACGAGCUCGUGAAUUUGAUUUGCAGAAAACAUUGAUGACUCUGAAAGGUUAUGUCACUAAGUUGAGAGAUCGCCCUGAUUUGUUCACCUGGAAUCCUAAAACUGCAAGUCAGGCUUUAAAAACUCAAGUGUUCAGUUAUUUCCUUGAUGGUAACACCAAUGGUCGACAAAUAUUUUUCCUCCAUCCAGGUCGUUGGGAUCCUAAAGAGGUUAAUCUGGACACAAUCAUUUCUUUGGUUAUCCUUUGUCAAGAGAUUACUUUGUUAGACGAGCAAUUCCAAAAAUCUGGUGUUGUGGUCAUAAUCGACAUGACGGGAUUGUCCUUAAAUCAUCUCUACAAGUGUGGCAUUUCCAAUGGAAAAUUAAUCUCCGAGUUGACAGAUAAAUGCAUUCCAAUCAACAUCAUCAAUGUUCAUGUUGUCUUUCAAAACUGGUUAACCGAAAUGGGUUACAAUUUAUUCAAGCCAUUCAUAGAUGAAGAAUUGAAACGAAAGAUUAUCUUUCAUGGAUACAAUAUCGGCUCGAUCCAUCAAUAUUGCUCAAAAGAGGUAUUACCGGUAAAAUAUGGUGGAACCCAUGAAGAAGCCGAUUUAGACCAAUUGUUCAAGAUUUUAACCAAUGAAAACCACAAAAUGUUAUCUAUUUGGGAAAAAUACAAGACACAAUAAGUUAUAAAUAAAAGGCUUCAAUAAAUGUACAUUUGUUAUUAAAAAUUAAAGCAAUUAGUUAAUAUUCUGUAA